AUGGCUGAGGAAGGCCAAGCGACGCCUGUGAGGCGUCAUCAAAACCCAGCGAUAUUCGUGUGCGACAUCCAAGACAAGUUCCGCAACGCCAUAUGGCAAUUCGAUAAGAUACUCCUCACCGCGCAAAAGGUGCUGCGCGCCGCAGAGAUACUGAAGAUACCUAUCUACGUGACGACGCAGAACGGCGGCAAACUGGGCCCCACGGUGCUGGAGCUGCAGCCACUCCUCAAAGAUGCUGUAGUUUCCGCCGACAAGACGUACUUCAGUAUGAUGGUGCCUGAGGUCGCACAGCACUUCCUGCCGGGCCCGGCAACGACGACUGUGUACCCGUCUCAGGCGCAGCCGAAGCCGAAGAGCGAGGUCGUCAUUGUUGGUAUUGAGAGCCAUAUCUGCGUGACGCAGACGACGCUGGACCUACUGGCGGCCGGCCAUCGCGUCUAUGUGCUCGCCGACGGCGUCAGCAGCUGCAACGAGCAGGAAGUGCCCAUCGCGCUGGCACGACUGCGCACCGAGGGCGCCAUCGUCACGACGAGCGAAAGCUGGCUGUACGAGUGCAUGGGAGACGCGGGCAUUCCCGAGUUCCGCGACAUCGCCAAGGUGGUUAAGGAGACGAGCACGGCUACCAAGACGGCGCUCGGCGGGCUUUUCAACAGCAAGAUGUAG